AUAAGAUCCCAAACUCACCCUAAAAUAGUCUAUAAAGAUAUAUAUGGAUUUAGCUAGAGCGGUUGUGGGACCCAUAUUCGGAAUCCCUUCGCUCUUUCUCAUCACUUGCCAUAACAAAACCGCAACAAAACCACUAUUACUGUCCCCUGCUCCCCGCACACAGAAAUCCUAAAAUAUAGCACCAUAUCAUAAAAUCGCAAGUAUAAUAAGUACUGUUUAGAACUGAAAAUCUUAAGAGCAAAAAGAAAAAAAAAAAUAAAAGGUAAAGAAAAAUGGAUAAAAGUGGCGAGAAAAAGAAAGUGAUGGUGGCGAUUGAUGAGAGUGAGUGCAGUCACUACGCUCUCGAGUGGGCCCUUAACAACCUUCGAGAGUCCCUCCAAAAUUCGAAGCUUCUUAUCUUCACUGCUCAACCCCUCGCCGAUUAUGGCUAUCUUUAUGCUUCCUCAUACGGAGCUGCUCCUGCUGAGUUGGUUACAUCCGUACAAGAAAUUCACAAAAGGGUUGCUGAGGCUCUGUUGGCUAAAGCAAAGGAAAUCUGCAGUCAAGUUGGGAUAGCUGCCGACACAUUUACGCAAGUUGGAGAACCAAAGGAGGUAAUAUGUGAAGCUGUGAAAAAGCAUAACAUACAAUUACUUGUCCUUGGCAGUCAUGGCCGCAAAGCUUUACAGAGGGCGUUUCUUGGAAGUGUUAGCAAUUAUUGUGUCCACAAUGCCAAAUGCCCUGUUCUUGUCGUGAGGAAAUAGGAGAAUGACUCGUUCUACUCCAUAAGAGCCGAUCAACAGACCAAAUCGUUUGAAUCUUCAGUUUCCAGUUGUAUGAUAUUUAGUAAAAUCGUUUGAAUCUUCAAUUUCCAGCUGUAUGAUAUUAAUAAAGGAAGCUCGUGGAGAGCUGCUUAAUGAUCCAAAAAAUAUAUUCAGAGUGUCCAACCUAUAUGAUCAUGUGAUGUUAACUUUUGUUUCUUGUUUUAUUGUACUAGUAAAGUGCACGUGCGAUG